AUGGACAAGGUGCUGUCCUUCUCCAUCCUGAGCGCGUCGCUGGCGGACGUCGCCUCCGGCGCCGGCGCCGGCGGCAGCUGGGCUCGGGUCUCCUGGCGUGGGAGGAAGCUGCAGGAGGACGACAGGGCUGGAGCAGCAGGGAAACAGGGGAAGCAGGGCGGUCUGCCGGUGGAGUCAGAGCAGCAGCCGGGCAACGUGAAAUCGCAGUCACCGCUGCCGCGGUUCGCGCCGGAGUUUGAUGGGAUCGACUGCUUCGAGACCAUAGUGUGGCAUUGAUCCGUGAAUCACGAGCUGCUCCUGGUCCAGCCGGGCAUGUGACUACUAACUCUUUCUUCGUUUGAUCGGCGUGUUCAUUCAUCGUUGACGUGUGCUUCUAAAUGAAGUCGCGAGCUACCUGUAAACCAAGCUCUUCAUAUUCUACAAGGAAACCCAUUUUUAAGGCU